UCGGCUUCUGUGAUGAGUAAAAAGCUUUACAGGAAACCCUAGAAGACUGGACACACACCAGAUGCUGGUAGAGCUAUCUUAAAUCAUAAUCUUCGAGAGGAGAAAAGAGUUAGAAUUUAGAAUCAAUUUCAAACUGUGAUAACAUCGAAGAUACAAAACAUGAUUGUGAAUGAAAGAUUGUUGUAAAGGGAGCAAUAUUUAAAAGAAAGAAAGAAAGAAAGAAAGAAAGAGAAAGAAAGAAAGAAAGAAAAAGAAAGAAAGAAAGGAGAAAGAAAGAAGGAAGGAAGGAAGGAAGGAAGGAAGGAAGGAACAAACUUCACCUUUCAAAAGAAAUCUUUUCAGAGAGAUGAUUCUUAGCCAAAAUCUUGGCAGAAUGAUCUUCUGGUAAGAACUGAAACUGACCAGGCAGGAUGCCCUGUGAAUGUAUGUCCAAGACGAGUUGUAUCGUCGAGCAAAAUGGAUUAUCAAGCCACGAGCCCCUACUAUGACAUUGAAUACGAGCUGUCGGAGCCCUGCCAGAAAACUGACGUGAGGCAAAUCGCAGCCAGGCUCCUGCCUCCGCUCUACUCACUCGUGUUCCUUUCGGGCUUCGUGGGCAACCUGCUGGUCGUCCUCAUCCUCGUCAACUGCAAAAAGCUGAGGGGCAUGACUGACAUCUACCUGCUCAACCUGGCCAUCUCCGACCUGCUCUUCCUCUUCACCCUCCCCUUCUGGGCCCACUAUGCCGCCAACGGGUGGGUCUUCGGGGAUGCGAUGUGUAAGACGGUCACCGGGCUCUAUCACGUCGGGUACUUUGGCGGAAACUUCUUCAUCAUCCUCCUGACCGUCGAUAGGUACCUGGCUAUCGUCCACGCUGUGUUCGCUUUAAAGGCCAGGACGGUCACCUUUGGGGCGGUGACAAGUGCGGUCACCUGGGCGGCGGCCGUGGUCGCCUCUCUGCCGGGGUGUAUCUUCAGCAGAUCCCAGAAAGAGGGUUCUCGUUUUACGUGCAGCCCUCAUUUUCCAUCCAAUCAGUAUCAUUUCUGGAAGAACUUCCAGACACUGAAGAUGACCGUCUUGGGCCUGGUCCUGCCCCUGCUCGUCAUGAUCGUCUGCUACUCGGCCAUCCUCAGGACCCUGUUCCGGUGUCGGAAUGAGAAGAAGAAGCACAGGGCCGUGAAGCUCAUCUUCGUGAUCAUGAUCGGUUACUUUCUCUUCUGGGCCCCCAACAACAUCGUCCUCCUGCUGAGCACCUUCCCGGAGUCCUUUGGCCUCAAUAACUGCAGUAGCUCCAACAGACUGGACCAAGCCAUGCAGGUGACGGAGACCCUGGGAAUGACGCACUGUUGCAUCAACCCCAUCAUCUACGCCUUCGUCGGGGAGAAGUUCAGAAGCUACCUCUUGGUGUUCUUCCAAAAGCACAUCGCCAGGCGCUUCUGCAAACGUUGUCCUGUCUUCCAGGGAAAGGCCCCCGACAGAGCAAGCUCGGUUUACACCCGAUCCACCGGAGAGCAGGAAAUCUCUGUCGGCUUGUGACCUGGACCAGGUGUUUGUACACAGCCUAGGGGCGGGAGUGACCCUUUUAAAAAGGAAGUUACUGUCAUAGAGGGCCUAAGAGUCAUCCGUGCACCUGGCUAUCUAUCCCACCAUUUAAGCCCGUCACGUCUGGAAAGCCGAAUCAAUAUAUGUUGAUGACAUAGCAAACCUCCUCACCUCCCCUCCGCACACAACAACUUAUUGGCAAACUCUUCCUUUGCUGCAAAAAUUUCAUU